UUUUAACGCGGGUGAAGUUGAGCACUGUUUUAAAAACAUGAAUAGCACAGAUACAAAAAAAGAAAAUUCUUAUAAUAUACAUAAAAAGUAUCUGAUUAUAUCAAUAUCUGUUUGCGUAGUUUUUGCAAUAAUGGUUUUUGUUUGUAUUUACUGGCAAUGGAAAAGAUUCAAGAAGAGAGUUAAAUCAACGAUAGAAAGAACCAAUAGAAGCUCAGCAAAUUCUCGCUGCAGCAUUUCAGAAAUUAGAGCCUCGACAAGUGAAGGACGGAAUACGACUCUCACUCCUGAAAGAAAGAAAUUUGAACAAGCUAUUAAAGCCCGUCAAAGAUUCAAUGAGGAACGCGCAGCUAAUAGAUCCGUUCAUUGGGAAUCAACACCUAGAAAGCAAACUUCAGGAAAUAAAAGUCCUCAGUCGACAUAUACUGUUCAAACACCUCAUACACCUUGUCAAUCGGGCGAGCUUGCUGUUGAAAAAGGAGACGUCCUUUCUCCGAUUGAAGAGAAUUCUGGUUGGUUAAAAGCAGAAAAUGUUAGAACUGGUCAAUUGGGUUGGAUUCCAAAAACUUAUGUAUCAACAUCUGAGCUCUUUCCCUUACAGCUAAAUGGCCAAAAUUUAACUAGUCUCAUAGUCGAAGAUGGGCAUUCAACUGGCGAUGAAUUAGAUUUUGAUACUGAUGAUUUAAAUGUUAGAGGAGUAGUAUGUCAAGCUAAAUAUCCAUUUCAAGCUCAACAACCAGGCGAUUUAUCAUUCUCAAAAGGUCAAAAAAUUCUUGCUUAUCCUAAUAAAUUAAUGGAUAAUGGUUGGUGUAGAGGAUGUGUAAAAGAAAGCCACGGUUGGUUUCCCUGGGAAUAUAUCGAUGUUCUUCAUCUAGACAGAAGUGAUGAUACAACUAGUUUGUGGACAACUAAUUUAGAUGAAAGUAUUAGAAUUAUGAAAGAAUCUAGAAAGUUUAGCGAAGUUAGGAGUAAAUGGACUGAAGUAAUGAAAGAUUUGAAUGAGACUUUAGAAAAACCGUCACUUAAAAUGCUCUCCUCAAAAACCUCUUUAUUAAACAAACCAUGUAGAGUUUUGAGAAAAUCUUCCUUUUCUAGCCGACCCAAAGUACCUCCGCCGAGACCUCCUUUACCGAAUGUUAGUAGACUUGAACUAACAGGCGAUAAGACAUCUCUGGGUCGUAUAGAAGCUUAUACUCAAACUCCCAUGUCUAGAAAUGUCGACAUUCAAAUGAUACCGAAGAGACUUGAAUUACAGAAUGACAAGAUGGAAGAAUCUCAAAUGUCAAGUAUAAGGACUUCAUCUCAAGAUUAUGUAGAAUAUAUAAAAACUCAUUCAAAGACUACUUCUACACCAGAGAAAUUUCAAUAUCAGAGAGCGGAGCAUUUAAGGAAUAGUAGUUCUUCUGCUUCUCCAAAUACUCAAUCUCUUGCUAAGUUCCUUAUGGUAGAAUAUAAAAAAUAUCAAAGGGAAAAGAAGGAUAAAAAAAAAGUGAGCGGUUCGUACCAGUCUUUAAUUAUGGAUACAGGAAUACUAUCUGGUCGAAUUCCUCGCGAUCGAUGUUCUGCAGAAGACUCGAUGAAUCUUUCAGAAAUAGCACGAAAUAAUACAGAAUUGGCUAUAAAAGCAAAGAAGAUUGCUGAACGACCACCAAGACCUCCUCCACCUCCCUUAAGUAGGCAAAUUGGAAUGAGCAAUUUGGAUAAUUCUACCAAAUUGAAGAAGCGACUCUUCGAAGAAUCGAAUGAAGCUAAUUUAUCUAACUUUCCUGGACUUGUUAAAAAAGUUUCAGAGGAUGGUAAGCAAAACCAGAAUUCUUUACGAUCACGUAGCUCUAGCCAUGAGAGUAUAAAGACAACAAAUAGCAUAAAAAGCGCUAAUUCUACGCAAAUCCCUAAAGAGCCGAUCGAAUGGUCUAAAAAUAAUCAAUGCUCACUUAAGACAGAAAUAAGUUAUCAAGAGACCGACGUUAAGAAAAUACUUGCUGACAAUGAAAUCCAACAAAGGUUAAAUGGAGGUGAAAAGAUUACAACCACCGAUAAUUGGACGACUAUUGAGAGUAAUAAUUUUGUUUUGGAAUGUGCUUCUCAAUGGGAUAAGGCUCAAGCUAAAGAAAACGGAUUUAAUAAUGAGGAUGAUGAAAUCAGCCAAAAGCCGAUAACUGAACAAUGGACAGAGGAAAACUGGAAUAAAGCAGAAAUACAGGAAAAUGGAUGGACUGAAAAACAAGACGUAGAUAGGGUUGUUUUUCCCUACGAAACGGCUAAGGGUAACUGGUAUCUCGGAAGCGAGAACGAUGAGGGUGAGAAUAGCGUUAGAGCAGAACAACAAAAUGAAAAUUGGGAUGAGGUUGAUGGAAAAAGUAACGAAUGGGCUUCGAAGAAGGAUGAUCAUUGGUUUGAAAAUGAAAAGAACAAAGACAAUUGGGAGAGAAAUGACGAAGAAUGCUCCACUGAGGAAUGGCCAGAUUACAAGAUGCCGUGUGAUGUUCAUUUUACAAUAGAACCGUGGAGGCCAGCAUACGAUAAUGAAGAUUUACCUAAAGACAAUGGCUGGGAAACUGAGGAUGAGGCUAAAAGUGUAAAAACAUUAGACAGUAAUGCUGUUCAACAUGAUACUGUUGUCGAGAAUUGUAAUGACGACCACAGCAGUCUUAAAAGCGAAAGAACAGCAUAUUCCUGGAGACCUCAAUUACCAUCCUUCGUCUCUAAGCAGAUUAAACGCUUCGAAAAUAAAUUUUCAGAAGCUUUAACUCAUGUUCAUCGAUCGCUUUCUAAGAAUGAGUCAGAUAUUGACAGAGAAUUGCAGAAAUCACGUCAAGAUAAAUUGAAGACUUGUGGAGUAUCUACACUAAAUCAAUCAACUGAAAAUACACCCUUAAACUUUGUUACACCGGCUGGCAGCCCAACGCAAAUGAAGAAAUUUCCAAAAGACAAAGAAGAGCUAAGGGAAUAUAACGAUUCAAACGUUAGCGGAAUGAGGCAUGAUUGGGAUGAUCACGAUGAACCAAGUGAGCAUGAUGGAGAAGUUCCCCAACAAGAGGUUGUGGAAGAAUUAUGCUUUGAAGAGCAAGUAAAAAAGACAGAGUCGAGCAGGCUGUCUCUCAAAAGAAGGGAAGCUGAUAAUAGAAGAAGGGAAGACUGGUUUUGGGAACCUGAAAGCGCAACUGAACCAGAACGUAACGAUUGGUAUGACGAAUCUGACAAAGAGAUUGAUUUGGUCGAAGAAAAAUUGAUAGAGGAAGAAAAAGUUGAAGUACAAGAGAAGCCCCCACAAGCGGAAAAUGAUGUAGACGAUCUAAAAGGCUUUAAAAUGUUAGAAGAAAAUGAGCUAAGGUGGGAGAAAUUUCGUAAAACAAGAGCUAUCUGGACAAAAGAAUCCGAUGAAAAUAAACAGCAGGCUUGCAGUACUCACAGUAUAAGUAAAGAUACUAAAAGGUCAGCUACUUUAGAUGAUAGUCCUGAUGAGCAAACAGAUCACGAUUAUAGAGUACCUAUAAAUUCACAUUAUUCUGUUCCGAGUCGGCAUAUUUAUAGAGUACCACCUAAGUACACUUAUACGAAGCCGAAUGUUCCUGAAAAAAGAGUAAGAAAUCCAUUGUCGAAUUGUCGUCUUCCAGUUCCACCACCUCCGCUACCACCUCGAGAUAGAGCCGAUAAAGUGCUGAAAAGUAAAAUUUUAGUCGUUUGUACAGAGUUUCAGCCGGUGAAUAAAGGUCAACUAAAAUUGGAAAAGGGUCAUUACGUUAAGGAAUUAGGUCACAAUCCGAAUAGAAAGGGGUGGCUAUAUGGAAUGAAAUCGACUGGUGAAGCUGGAUAUUUCCCUGAUAAUUGCGUAAAGCCAGCUGUUAUAAAUACAUUUCGUAUUUAACAAAGUAUUUAAUUUAAUUAUUUGAUGACAAAAGCCGAAAGAAAAGAAACAAAGUUGAAUUUUUUCUUCAUCGUUUUUAUUAUUACUUUGUUGAGAUUCUAGUUUAUCAUGUUUAUUGACGAUAAUAACUAUAUAUACUUUUUGUUGCCUAUAUAUAUA